AUGGAGCACGCGGAGGAGCACUCGGUGUGGUUGCGCCUGCCCGUGGAGGUGGUGCUGGAGGUGUUCCGCUGGCUUGGUCCGGAGUCGCUCCUGCGCGCCGAGGCCGCCUGCAGCCAGUGGCGCGCCAUCACCGGCCCCGGCUCCCCCCACGGCACCGCCCUCUGGCGCUCCUGGUACGAGCAACACUUUGGCGGACCUAUGCCGGCGGAGAUGAAGGCCUUGACGAAGCUCCAGCCCAAGCCCGAGGCCUCGUGGCGCACCUGGUGCCUCUCCUGUCUCCGCACCCGGCGCCGGCUCGCCGGCCGCGCCCGACGCCGAUGCCUGCUGGAGUGGAUCCUCGCCUGCGGCCACCACGCCGCGCUGCGCCGACUCGUGGCCCCAGCCUCCCCCGAUCGUGGGGUCGUGACCCGGCUGCUGGCCGGCGGCUGGGCCGAGCCCGGCGAGCGUCGCACGCUGCCGCUGAUGCUGGCGGUGCUGAAGGGCCGCGACCCACGCACGAUCGAGCUGGUGGUCGAGCUCGGCGUCGAGGUCGAAUGGUGCGUGGUGCUCAAGGCGGCGCGCGCGGGCGCGGGCGAGGCCCUGUUUCGGGCCAUGGCGCGGCGCGAGGAGCUGAUGUGGUUCGAGCCAUCGGUGGGCGGCGCGCUGGAGCAAGCGUUCAGCCGUAGCGGCGGGAGCAUGGAGGCCGCCUUCCACGCUGCCUACGACAACCGAAGACGCGAAGUGGUGGCCUCGCCCUACAAGGGGCGCAUCGCGUUCGAGAGGGCGUGCGUCUACGGUUGGACGAGCGCCUUCCAUGCCCUGCUGCCGCUGCUGAGCCCGGCCGACCUGCGCAGGCCCUCGGCGCUGGACGGGUGGUCGCCCCUGAUGCUGGCCCUGCGCUGUGGGGACGUCGAGAUGGCCCGAACGCUGCUCGACCUGGGCGUGCCGCCCGACCUCGACGAGGGCUGCUCGUCCAGCCCACUCGACGUCGCCUGCCGCAGUUCACAAAGUCCCAACAAGAUCGCGCUGGUGAUGUUGCUUCUUGACUACGGCGCCGACGUGGACGAACCGGACUUGCUGGAGACGGCGGGGUAUCUGACGGAGCUGGUGGGCGAAUCGCGCUACACGUCGUACGAGCGGAAGCUGGAGGUGGUGAAGCUGCUGCUGGCCAGGCAGCCCGGCAUGGUGCGCGGCCAGCUCUGGGGCGCCCUGCUCGACGCGCUGCUCGAAGGCAAUUGCCGCUACAACAACCGGGCCCGGUUCAUUCGGGACGUGCUCGGCCGGCUGUUCGCCUACGGCGCCGAGUUACCGGCCGCGGUGAAGAAAGGAUCGGCGCCCAGGGAGCGGAAGUGGAACCUCACGCCGCACGUGCAGGAACUACUGAUCGCCCACGGCAUGCCCCCGCCACCCGCCACUGCCACCACCGCCCACCACCACGCCAAGCCACCACCACCACCACAACAGCAACAGCAACAAGGGAGAGGAACGAAGAAAAGCAAUGGAAUGCGCUCACAAUUGCAUUAA